AUGACCAGCAAUUUUGAUGAACUAACAGUGAACCCAGCAAGAGAGUUGCUUCUAUAUCCAAAGCUUGAUGAAGGCAUACAUUGCUACUAUUCCGUGCGAGGGUAUUUCUAUGACAAAAGAAGGAACAACGGUCGUGCCAAAAAGGGCCAUGACCACGUGCAGCCCAUUUGCUGCACUAACUGUGCCCAAUGCGUGCCCAAGGACAAGGCCAUUAAGAAAUUCGUCAUUCGAAACAUAGUGGAGGCCGCAGCAGUCAGGGACAUUUCUGAAGCGAGCAUCUUCGAUGCCUAUGUGCUUCCCAAGCUGUAUGUGAAGCUACAUUACUGUGUGAGUUGUGCAAUUCACAGCAAAGUAGUCAGGAAUCAAUCUUGUGAAGCCCGCAAGGACCGAACACCCCCACCCCGAUUUAGACCUGCGGGUGCUGCCCCACCUCCCCUACCAAAGCCCAUGUAAGGAGCUGAGUCCUUAAAGACUGAAGACAGACU